AUGGCGGAAAAAUCAAAUAAAGGCCGGAAAUCAGCACUGCUGAUAGGCAUCAACAAAUACAACAGCCCUGCAUUAACCAACCUGCGCGGCUCCCUCUCCGACGUGGAGACCACCGAGAGUUUCCUGACCAAGGUUGCCGGCAUCCCCCCAAACAACAUUACCAAGCUUAUCUCUCCGCCGAACUCACCGAACGAUCGCCUCCCAAAUUUCAAAAACAUCGAGUCCGCAUUCAAAACCCUCGCCCACGACGCCCAGCCCGGCGAUUUCAUCUACAUCCACUACUCGGGCCACGGCACCCGUCUAGAGACCAUCUUCGCCGACCUCAAGAGCCAGCACACGGACUACGACGAGUGCCUGGUCCUUGCCCGCCGCGACGGCAAGCUCGAUCACCUCCGCGACGUGGAAAUUGCCUUUCUGCUGAAGCAGAUCGCCGACAAAGGCGCGACGGUCACCUUCGUGCUCGACUGCUGCCACUCGGGCGGGGCUACACGAGGUGAUGAUGAGGAAGAGUGUGGGGUGGUCCGGGGGUCCGGGGAGAUCCCGGACGAUAACUUUUUUGAUUUAAACCGAAAACCCAUCCAGUCUGUGGAGGAUCCGGAAGACGCCCGGGGCCAGUACCCGGACGACAGCGACGACGAUGACGACGACGACGCGGGCCGCGGCGGGAGCGUAGUGGAGCACUGGCUGACGGCGUCCAAGGGGAUCAACUUUCUCGCUGCCUGCCAGCCGAAGCAGAAGGCGCAGGAGGUGCCGCGCAGGGCGAAUGUGCGAAGGGGGCUGUUCACGGACUGCCUCGCCCGCGUCAUCGAACAAAACAAAGGUGCAGAUCGCUUGCGCCGGCUCAGUUGCGAUGUCGUUUCCAACCUCGUCGCGCACACACUCAAGACUCAUGAGCAGAGGAGUAAGUCGCGGGAGCAGGACGUGGUGUUUGGCGGCCAGGGCGACCGCCAUAUUUUCGGCGUGGAGAGCGUAGAGGAUCCCCCCGUGGUCGUCACCGGCGUCGAGAGGUUGGGGAGCGGAGGGCUUGAGGUGGGACUGACUGCUGGCGUGGCGCACGGCGUGUGCCUGGAUGAUAUCUUUGCCAUCUACCCCAGCGACAGACCGCUUGCCACUCUUGCUGACUACACCGCGCCGCUGGCCACCUGCAGCGUGACUAAGGUGACUGAUCUGGCGGACUUCACCUGCAAGGCGCACAUCCAAUCGAACUCUACCAGCCUCGAGCUGGUCCGGGUCGGCUGCGUGGCUGUUAGUCUAUGCAGUAUCUUGAAGGACCACGUCCUGCAACCCAAGGGGGUGUGGGUAUCGGCGGUGGCUGUGGAAAAUGACACUGCUGAGCGACCUGAUCCAGCAGACGUCCAAAAGAUCCGGGCCUGCAUCAGCCGCGGGGAGAGCAAGCUUCUCGAGCUCAAAGACGACGCCAGUGAGGCCUUCUUCAAGGUCCUGGUGCAAGCAGAUGGCAGCUCCACCAUCUUCUUCACCCCAUACCAAGCUGAAGCCAAGGUUGUGGUCACAGGACCGGAGCCCAAGGACGUGCUCUCUCACCUAGACCACCUAACCGUCUUCUACAACCUCUUCAACCUCUCCACAGACAACGUGGCGCAGCAAGAACGAGGUCUGACAGUCAGAAAAAUUGGCUACCUCAACGAAGGCGUCAAGGUCCCCGAACUGCGAGGUUUCCCACUCAAAAGCCCCCUUCCCCUAGACGCGGGCCUCGAACCGCUCCCCCCGAACACCAUCAACAUUCGAGAAGGCUGUAGCGUCGGGAUCGAGGUGCACAACAGGUCGCAGGAGAACCUGUACAUCGAGAUCCUGAACCUGGAACCGUCGUGGCAGGUGAUGCGGACGUACCCGAUGCCGGGGAACUCGCUGAUUCUGACGCCGCCCAACGAGGGGGCGCGGUUCUACCUCAAGAUGUCGCUAUCGGAUAGGGUGUCCGGCGCGCACCAGCCCGACAUGUUCGACCGGUUUGUCGUGCUGGCGACCUCGAGGAACCGCCUUAAUUUUCCUAGGAAUGUCCUUCCGGCGCUGGGCAAGAAAUUGCGGCCUGUGUUGGAACCUGACGAUGGGGAUGGUGAGAGGGCCGGGGCCGGGGUGGCCCAGCCUAGGCCGAUGUGGUUUGUGCAGCAACUGGAUGUGCGCAUGGCUGUGAAAGGAGUAAUUGAGCCAACUACCUAA